AUGCCAUUUGGACUGAAAACCGCAUCAUCUACGGUUCAACGAUUUAUAAAUCAAGUAUUGUGUGAUUUUAUUAGAGCGGGAGAUAUUGUAGUAUAUAUGGAUGAUGUACUUGUUGCGACUACCAUAUUAGAGUAUCAUUUACAAGUUUUGGAGCGUCUAUUUCGAGUGAUGGUCGACAACGUCUUGGAAAUAAGAAAAUUUAUUCAAGACUAUACUGUAAUUUCGAAGCCGUUGUCUGACCUGGUCAAAGAAAAUGCUACUUUUAAAUUUGGAGAAGCGGAAAUUAAGACUUAUGAAAUGUUAAAAAACAAACUUAGUGAGGCACCGAUUCUAUCAAUAUAUAGUCCAAAAGACGAAACUGAAUUGCACUGUGAUGCAAGCGCGGUGGGGUAUGGUGUAAUUCUGAUGCAAAGAAAAUCAGAUCGAAAGUUCCACCCGAAAGAAAUUAAUCCUAGAAUUGCGAGAUGGGCGUUAGAAUUAUUAAAUUAUGAUUAUGAAGUAGAACACAGACCUGGGACGCGAAUGAAACAUGUUGAUGCGCUUAGCAGAACGGUGGAAAUUGUGGAAGAGAAUCCUUUCGAAUGGGAUCUUACACUUAGUUAG